UGUCUGCAAUACAAAAGUUUUCAACUCACAAGCUUAACCUGCAGCUCAAGACUUACAAAUUCUUAACUGCAGCCCAGUUAACAGCAAAGCAGCGACAGCAACAGCAACAACAAUAAUCAUAACAACAAACAUACACCAGACAGACAUCAUCAUCGUUGGAAAUAGACCUCGUGUCAUUCCAAAAGACGCACAUGGGCGUCUGCACCGAGGAGCGCCCUGUGAUGCAUUGGCAGCAGAGCGCAAGAUUUCUUGGGCCCGGCGCAAGGGAGAAAAGUCCAACACCACCUGUAGCACAUCAAGGGAGCAAUCAAUGCGGCAGUGCUGCAGGUGCAAAUAACAAUCAUCCAUUGUUUCGCUCCACUUGCUCCACAACCUCGUGUCCAGAUAUUUGUGAUCACAGUACAAAGCCAUUUGGCAAUGCAUACGCCAGCGAGUCAUUUAGAAGCUAUGAGACCGCCGAUCGCGCUACCUUCGAGGACUCCACGGCCAAGUUCUCGAUUAGCCGCAGUCGCACGGAUUGCACGGAGGUCAGCGAUGAGACCACAUCGGGCAUAUCAUUCAAAACGGAACCCUUCGGACCGCCCAGCAGCCCCGAGUCCACUAACGAUAGCAAACUAAAUCGCAAUCCAGACGAUUGCGCUGGCUGUGGCCGACAAAUACAGGAUCGCUUCUACCUCUCCGCAGUGGAAAAACGCUGGCAUGCCAGCUGCUUGCAGUGCUAUGCAUGUCGUCAGCCGCUGGAACGGGAAUCCUCAUGUUACUCACGUGAUGGCAACAUUUAUUGCAAAAACGAUUAUUAUAGUUUUUUUGGUACUCGACGCUGUUCCCGCUGCCUGGCCUCCAUAAGCUCCAACGAGCUGGUCAUGCGCGCCCGCAACCUGGUCUUUCAUGUCAACUGCUUUUGUUGCACGGUCUGCCACACGCCGCUCACCAAGGGAGAUCAGUAUGGCAUACUGGAUGCGCACAUCUACUGCAGAACUCACUAUAGCAUAGCGCGAGAGGGAGAUGCUGCCACAUCGAGCAUGAGUGCCACAUAUCCGUACAGCACGCAGUUUGGUUCACCGCACAAUGACUCGUCGAGCCCGCACUCGGACCCCAGUCGUAGUAUUGUUCCUACGGGCAUCUAUGUGCCCACCACACAUGUCAUCACCGGACUGCCGCAGCCGGCGCGUCAAAAGGGCAGACCGCGCAAGCGCAAACCCAAGGAUAUUGAGGCGUUCACAGCGAAUAUAGAUCUCAACACGGAAUAUGUGGACUUUGGGCGUGGCUCGCAUAUGAGCGCCUCGUCGCGCACCAAACGCAUGCGUACCUCGUUCAAGCAUCACCAGCUGCGCACCAUGAAAUCCUAUUUUGCAAUCAAUCACAAUCCCGAUGCAAAGGAUCUAAAGCAAUUGUCACAGAAAACGGGUUUACCAAAGAGAGUGCUGCAGGUUUGGUUUCAAAAUGCACGCGCCAAGUGGCGUCGCAUGAUGAUGAAGCAGGAUGGCAGCGGCAUGCUGGAGAAAGGCGAUGGCACGCUGGAUCUGGACAGCAUUUCGGUGCAUAGUCCCAGCUCGUUUAUGAUGGGCGGCUCCAAUAGCACGCCGCCGCAUAACAUGGACUAACAGCUGGAGCGCAGCUCAGAGCGCAACGCAGCAGCAGCAGCAGCAGCCACCGCCUAUGCCAUUGAGUUGCAAUUGCAGUUGCAGUCACAUGGCAAUGCCACGCUGCUGGCGUUGGCCGACCUGUUGCAUGGCAGUGACGUUUAGCUUAAGAAUUCAAUUGCAAAUACUCGAACAGCAACUCCUUGCCAGGACACACACACUUGAGACUAUUACAAAGUCUUUUCACACUGCGUUUCAGCGGGUCCACACACGCACACACACUACCAAGGCUUAGUUUAGUUCAAACAGCUUUUAGCACUCUCUUAGGCCCAAUUAUCGGUUCAUGGCUCAGUAGUUGCAACGACUCUCUAAGCAUGUUGUUUCUAUAUAUAAAACUAUCGUUCAUUUGUAAAUAUGUAU